ACAGAUUGUUCAAAAGAGAAGUAAUAUGUUAACAUAAAAAUCUUAAAUUAUAAAACUAAAUAAACGUCAUAAAUAGAAGUUUCCUUUCAUAAUUACAAUUCGUCAUUCAUGUUUUGAAAAGCAAGCAAGAAAUACUGUUUUUAAAAAUCUAUUUGGAUAUAAGAGAAUUUUGGAAGAUAGGACAACGCAUGGUCUGCCGUAGUUUCUGGUUCAAAAACACCAGUUGAGUGAAGAUUCUAAAUUACCAAAUUAAGUAGACCUAACUUUUAUCAAUCUAAAAGUCAAAUUACUUUCUCAACAAUAUGAGGGUCGUAGCUCUUAUAAGUGGAGGAAAGGAUUCCUGUUUCAGCAUGAUGCAGUGCGUAGCUGCCGGACACGAUAUAAUUGCCCUGGCUAAUUUACAUCCCGUUGGAAAGGACGAUCUCGAUUCAUUCAUGUUCCAGACUGUUGGUCAUCAGGGAAUAGAAUUUAUUGCCGACGCCAUUGGCUUACCCCUCUACAGAGAACCCACAUUCGGAAGAUCGAAGAUGCAGGACAAAAAUUAUGUACCAACUGACGAUGAUGAAGUCGAGGAUCUCUAUAGGCUGUUGAAGAAAGUUAAGGAUAGUGAGAAUAUAGAAGCGGUGUCAAGUGGAGCGAUCGCUAGUGAUUAUCAACGAUUACGAGUGGAGAAUGUUUGUAAACGAUUGGGACUCGUUUCCCUCUCGUACCUGUGGCAGAGAGAUCAGGAGGAAUUACUUAAUGAAAUGAUACAGUGCUCGGUUAAUGCGAUUUUGAUCAAAGUGGCAUGUUUGGGUUUGGAUUUGAAGCACUUGGGGAAAUCGUUGAUGGAAAUGCAGCCACAUUUGUUGAAGAUGAAGGAGAAGUUUGGAUUGAAUGUUUGUGGCGAGGGGGGUGAAUAUGAAACGUUUACGCUUGAUUGUCCGUUGUUUGUUAAGAGUAUCGUGAUAAACGAGUAUGAGAGUAUUGUCCAUUCUAACAGUGAUAUUGCGCCUGUUGGGUAUCUCAAUUUCAAGAAAGUGCAAUUGUUGGUGAAAGACAAAGGAAUGGAGAAUUUAUCCCUGAAGGAGAGAUUACAGAAUAUUAUUAUUAAAAAUCCGCUUGAUUACGUUUCAGAAAUAUUGUGUUUGAAGGAGGAUGAGGGUAACUUGUCUCCGGAUGAGGAGAAAUCUGCUACGGCAGUCGAGGUUUGUCCUCGGGAAUAUUUUGACAAUCCGAGUGUGAAUGAGAACGAAAGUGGUUGGCUUUGGUUCGGAGGUUUGACCAGUGAGAACUCAGAUCCAGCAGAAGCCAUGGAGGAUACUUUAAAUAAACUCCAAGAUCUUCUAAUCAGCAAAAGUCUACAAUUUUCGGACAUUGUGUCAGUUACUCUUUUCGUUAAAGACAUGGCGAACUAUUCGUUGAUAAACGAAAUUUAUAUCUCGAGAUUUGCUCAACUCAAUCCUCCGGUUCGAGUCUGUGUGGAAUGCUCUUUGAAAGUUCACGUUGCACUCGAAGCAACGGCCUAUAAGGACGGAAGUAGUACAAAGGACGGUUCGGUUCAUCAGAAGCAUACCCUACAUGUUCAGAGUAUAAGUCACUGGGCACCUGCGAAUGUGGGUCCCUACUCGCAGGUUGUUCGCAUAGGAGAUAUUUUCCUGGUCGCUGGUCAAAUUCCCCUAAUUCCCGGCAGUAUGGCCAUGUUGAGUUCAAAUAUAAGACAAGAAUGUCGUCUAACUUUGAGACACAUCGAACGACUUCUAAAGUCUGUUGAUAAUAAAACACAAUUAAGAGACAUUGUCCAGGGAAUUUGUUUUCUAACAGAUUUCAAUUACAUAACAGAGGCGAGAAACGAAUGGGAGAAAUUAACCAAGAAUACAAUUGACGAUUAUAUUAUUCUGCCGAAUCUCCCUCGGAAUGCAAGAAUCGAAUGGAGUGUUUGGGCUCACAGAGAUAACAGUCGAUUUGAAUAUGAGGAGACUAGAAAAAAUAUGGGCAACAUUAAAAUUUUACUGAGAAGAAGAUGGAAUUAUGAUAAUAUUUCUGCUAUUGUCGGAUAUUUGUCUUUUGAUUUACCAUCUUUGACAGACUCGCCAACGAAUUUUACACAAGAAGAAUUAGCACAGUGUCUUGAAUAUCUUCUCACUAAUUUGAAGAAGGGAUCAGUAACCGAAAAUCCUGCGUGUACUCUACGAAUUUUUUACAAAGCAAGUCGCUUCUCUUCAGAGUAUAUCAAAAAUCUUUUAGUGCCUUUUUCAAAUCAAAAUUUAGUUAUAACCAGUGUUCCUGCAUUAUAUUUGCAUAAUGCCGACACUUAUCUUUCCGUGUGUGGUAUUCGACACGAAUAACAUUCAAAUAAAAAAUCGGAUUUGUACCAUGAAAUAUUUUACAGAAAUAAUACCAUUAAUAAUAUAUAGUAAUAAUAAUAAUUCAUUAUUACUAUUAUAUAUUAAUAUUUA